UUAGCUGGAUUCAUUAUCUCCUCCCUUAAUCCCUCUAUUCCCCUCCACACCCCUCCUCAUCCUCCCCUCCUUCACUCCUUGCCCUCUGUAGCGAUCUGGAUCACAUUUAAAACCACAUUUCUGUGUGCGAGCCAUUGAGCCUUGAAGUCAGCAGGCAGAAAGCGCAGUGACAGCGGAGCGGGACUGGAGCGUACAGGGACGGGACGGACAUGCACGCACUCGCUGCCGGAGAAGACUGUAUCUGAGCUUGUGGUGGAUAGCACAGACACACAGUCACGCAAUUGGAUUUGUGGAAAACUGGGCCAAAUCUACCCUGUCCAAUACGGAUGACAGCACCAAAGUGUUGUCCUUAUCGAUGUGUGUUUUUGAAGAAGAAAGCCCAUUUGACUCUUUAAGGUAGCUGUGACAGGUCUCUUGUCAGUCUGCUGGGCAUCCAACAGCCUGCAUCUGUGUGUGGUCUCGUGAGAAACCUUUGGAGGGAGUUACUCAGUGAUUUGUGAGUGUGUGUGUGUGUGUGUGUGAGAGUGUGUAUACGCAGUACAGACUGGCCUCCCUCACUGCUCAAUUGCCGGACAGUACCCUGGAGAGUAAGCAGGAUGAAGACAAAGAUAUGUGCUGCACUUCACAUGUCGCUACUCCUGUAUGUCAGACUAAUGCUGGCCGUGGACUCCUACAGACCUCAGAAAGAGAUAAAUCAGGAGAAGUGGGAGCGAGAUCUGAGGGAAGCUGCGAGUCUGGAUGAGCUUCUUAUGUUGACCGAAUACCCCGACUGGAAGCUGUGGCGAUGCAGACUGAAGCUGAAGCACUUUAAUUAUGCCACUCAGCCUGAGAACCGCCGGUUGACUCGCUACGCAGCAACCUCAUUCAGCCUGGAGAUGCUGAAAGACAUUGAUGAGGAAUGGCAGAAGACACAGUGUAUGCCCAGAGAGACGUGUGUAGAUGUGGCCAAAGAGCUGGGCACAAAUACAGCCGUGUUCUUCAAGCCGCCGUGCGUCUCUGUGUUCAGGUGUGGCGGCUGCUGCAACAAAGAGGGUGUUACCUGCCGUAACACGAGUAUGGCUUAUGUCAAUAAAACUAUUUUGAGUGUUACCACUUAUAAAUCUGGACCAGAGCCAGUGCUGGUGAAAGUAGCCAAUCACACGGAGUGUGUGUGCCAGGAACACGCGAUGAUCCGCAGACAUGCUCGUGAGAGGCACAAGAAGAACGGUUGCUCUCCUACACGUAAGGCAGAAGAUAUCAGGAGGCUGUGUAACAGAGGUUUAAUAUGGGACUGGAUGGCGGGACAAUGCGUGGCGUACCCCUCCAGUAAACAAGAGCCAGCGUCCACCAGCAAUGCAGAAGACUGUGAGAUUGACGUAGAGCGAUGUGAAUGUAUUCCUAAAGUACGGACACACAGAUUACACCAUACGUGACACAAUUCAACAAACCUUCUCAAGCUGCAAGAGAGAAAACACGUCAACACCCUGACAAUCUGCAAGUGCUGAAUGCAUAGACUGCAAUAAAACCAUCUAAUUUAUUUUUCUCUCUAUUUAUAUCAAAUUUAAAAACAAUUAUUAACACAUCUCAUCAGUAACACAGCAGCGAUAGCUUUUCAAAUAUAAAAACAACGCUGCUCUACAAGUCUGAACACAAUGUAAAUAUGAUAUGUGUUGUAAAUGCCUCCUUUGCACUGAACACAACAUAUGUUUCACCCUUAAGAAUGUCUGUGGGAUUUCUUAAAUACACGUACAUGUAUUGUAAAUUAUAUCGAAGUAUAAAUUAUAGGGAUUUAAAAUGUGUCAUAGCCUGCAUUUUUCCCCGGCCUCAGUAGAUUGGUGAAAUGCUCCAAGGUAUGAAUAUCCAGAAGCUUCUUUUUAUACUGAUGUGUCCAACAUUGUCUUUGAGUUCAACAUUGAGCAUGAUGCCAACAAUAAUAAAGUAUGUAUUACAGAUAAAUGCUGACCAAAUAAA